AUGUCUCCAGCCAUCGGGCGCGAAACCGAACAUCAACGGCCGUCUGGCGAGUCGGAGAAUUCGUCUCGAGGGGUUAUCGGCCCGCAUUCCACGCCGAUCGUAUUAACCGCCGAGGUCACAUCCAACAACGUCGUCGCACCCGAAGAUAUCUCGAUGCAGUCGCCCGUAGCAGUCGUCGAGUCCCAGCAGCCGCAAGAAUCGCAUCUCGCGACGAACGCACCGGCGUCAGCACCCCCUACGGUCACUGGGAACUCCGUGUCCACACGCGAUGAGGACGCGAUGCAUUUCGCGGACGCACUCGCUAAUCGCGACAAGAAUCAGGCUGCCACAGCUUUAUUUGUUGCAGAGGGCGUCGUCGAGACUAUUCAGAUCCGUGCCAGCGCUGUGAGUGCUGCCGUCGUCAGCGCUUACAGCUCGGCGCGAGACGUGAAUGGCUGGAGUGUUACCACUGCCGAGGGCGAACGGCAAGGCGCUGUUUUGCGCGUCGAUCAGGCCCUGCAAUUUAUCCAGUUGGACGUCCGCUGCCUGGCUAAACAUGCUCGGCUCGCGCUACUCAAACAGUGCGAUGCUGCCAUCCGUGGAAACGCCCCUUCACCCGAGACCGCGCGCGGUCCACUUCCCGGAUAUGAGCGUCGCCGCACCGCACCAAGGCCAGCAACUUCCGUCGCGCAGGGAAACAUCUACCAUUCAAUACUCACGUUACUGCGCGACACCGUCCAAGACGUAGCUGGUUCCAUCGUCUCCAACUUUUCGACCAUCUAUCGCCACAACGGAAAGCCGGCGACGCAGUUGGACGAGGUCACCCAGGUUGCUCUGCGCGAGCUUGAUAGCCUGUUCGAAAUGGUUCAGGACGCGUUCCACGCGUUCUCGCGCUGCGCCCGUCGCGCAGUACAGCGCCAGUUUGAACAGGCAUUGGUCGGAAACGCAUUGGGUAUCGUGAGCGCGCGGGAAGGUUUGGAUCGCUACGCACCGCCGUCAGGCUCGGAUCUCUUGGAUGAAGAGGAAAUGGAUGGGCACAUAGGAGAGGCGUAG